CACGAAAGCAACUCACUCUAUAUCCUUUCGGAAAAAAAUGCGUCUCUCAUUGGUCUUAUUGCUUCUCCCCGUGAGCUUAGCUGUCGUCUCUGCGCAGUUUUGCUUGGAAAAUUUUGGAACUUUUAGACCAGGUAGUAAUUUUGACAAGAACCGUCAACUUAUCCUCUCGUCUCUUGCAUCUGAAGUCACAAGUAAUGAUGGUUUGUUCAACGGUUCCAUUGGGAAAGAUCCUGACCAAGUGUAUGCCAUGGGGAUGUGUAUCCCAGGAGCUAAACAAGAGAUUUGCUCGGAUUGUAUCAAGGCCGCGUCUGACCAGUUAAUACAGAGUUGUCCCAACCAGGCAGCAGCAUUUUAUUGGUCAGGUGCAGGUGAAACUCUAUGUAUGGCACGCUACUCUAGCGAGCCGUCUUUUAGACCGUUGGAUAUGGAUUCACCUUCUUAUGGUGCUAACAUUGGAAAUCUCAGCACAAACUUAACAUAUUUUGAUGAGUUACUGGAGCGAUUAUCAGUUCGUAUGGUAACUGAAGUUUCAUCAUCAGGCAAGAAUGUACCAGUCUCAAGCAGUAGAUUCUAUGCAGCUGAUGUAGCAGCCUUGACAAGCUCUAUAAAUGUAUACGCAUUAAUGCAAUGCACCCCAGACGUCUCUCCCUCCAACUGUAACACCUGUUUACGACAAAGUAUUGAUGACUAUGUGGAUUGCUGUCGUGGGAAACAAGGCGGCUAUGUGUAUUGGCCUAAUUGCAUUUUCCGGUGGGAUCUGUACCCCUACAAUGGCGCCUUUGAUCAUAUUAAGUUAGUGCCUCAGCCCACAUCUCAGCCCACAUCUCAGCCCGCAUCUCAGCCCGCAUCUCAGCUGCAGUCCCCACCUCCCCUGACCAACAAAGAUGGGAAAACGAUUGGUAAUGGAGCUAUCAUAGGAAUCGUCCUUGCUACGCUUAUAAUAAUACUUGCUCUGCUUGCUCUAGGGGUUGCUUUUUGCAGGAGUAGACAAAAAUACAAAGCUUUUUCCUCGGAAACUGCAGAUGAUAUUGCCACUGCAGGAUAUCUUCAGUUUGAUAUCAAAGAAAUCGAAGCUGCAACAAGUAACUUUUUGGCCACUAACAAAAUCGGUCAAGGAGGAUUCGGCGUAGUUUACAAGGGUACGCUCCCAAAUGGAACUGAAGUUGCAGUCAAGAGGUUGUCGAGAAAUUCUGAUCAAGGUGAAAUGGAGUUCAAGAACGAGGUGCUUCUUGUAGCAAAGCUUCAGCAUCGAAAUCUCGUAAGGCUUCUUGGGUUUUCUCUGCAAGGAGAAGAAAAGAUACUUGUCUACGAGUUUGUUCCCAACAAGAGCCUCGAUUAUUUCCUUUUUGACCCAACAAAGAAGGGUCAGCUUGAUUGGACAAGACGGUACAACAUCAUUGGAGGGAUCACGCGAGGGAUUCUUUAUCUUCAUCAAGACUCAAGGCUAACCAUUAUACACCGUGACAUUAAAGCAAGUAACAUUCUAUUAGAUGCCGAUAUGAAUCCCAAAAUAGCUGAUUUUGGAAUGGCUAGAAAUUUCAGAGAUCAUCAAACUGAAGCCAAUACAGGAAGAGUCGUUGGAACCUUCGGUUACAUGUCUCCAGAGUAUGUGACACAUGGCCUAUUCUCUACCAAGUCUGAUGUCUAUAGCUUCGGAGUAUUGAUUCUGGAAAUUGUUAGUGGCAAAAAGAAUAGCAGCUUUUACCAGAGGAAUUCAGUUUGCAAUUUGGUGACAUAUGGUUGGAAGCUUUGGAAUAGUGAUUCGGCUUUAGAACUCAUUGACCCCACGGUUGGGGAAAACUAUGAGAAAGAUGAGGUUUUUAGAUGCAUCCAUAUCGGACUAUUAUGUGUCCAAGAAGCUCCUUCAGAUCGUCCAGCCAUGUCAACAGUCUUUCAGAUGCUUACCAAUAGCUCCAUUAUUUUACCUGUGCCUCGACCACCUGGAUUUUUCUUUAGGAACAAACCCAAUUUAGACCCUUUAACAUAUGGAUCUGAGCCGGGUGAAUCCAGCAGUAAGUCUGUUCCUUGUUCAAUCAACGAUGCAACUAUCACUGCUGUCACUCCUCGUUGAAAACUCUUUGCAUUUUCACUCUGUAGUAUAACCCUACAUUUUCUUCCUUGUUAUCACCCUACAUUUUCCGUGUUGCUCACGCAACUCCAGUUUGUCAAAGUCCAUAUAAAGAAAUCGAGGAUUCAGUUAUUCCUGUAUCUGAUGUGCAAAGUCUAUUAGGU